AUGAAAACGCUCCUUCCACUUUCAUGUUACUAUAGCAACAUCUAGAGAUGAGGAGAAACGUGAUUUUAGUCAGACAUAAAUAUAUCAUUCAAUCAUAAGAUUCGAUCGACAGAAAACGCUCAUCAACUGAGAAAGUUAGGAAUUUCUAAUAGGAAAUAAUGGAUGCUGCAGAUAAAUCUUUGAAAAUAAUCGGUGCUAUUGUAUGUAGUGUUGCAAUAUCGGUGACAUUUGUAGGAAAUAUUUUGGUUAUCGAAGUCGUGGCCAAGUUUCGUCGACUAAGAACUGUGCCCAACUUUCUUUUGGCAGGUUUAGCAACGGCCGAUAUAGCAGUAGCAUUAUUAGUGAUGCCUCUAUUAAUUGUAUACGACGUGGAAAGAAAAUGGAGAUUUGGUUCCAUUGCAUGUCAUUUUUGGAUAUCUUGUGAUGUUAUGUGUUGCACCGCUUCGAUUCUUCAUCUAUGUGUCAUCGCUUUGGAUCGCUUUUUUGCCAUUACGCGCCCGUUAAGAUAUCGUUCUUUGAUAUCAAAACGGCUCGUAACACUCGUAAUUAUGAGUAUAUGGUUAUUUAGUGCUACUAUUUCUUUUAUACCAAUAUUUUUAGGUUGGUAUAGUGAUGGAAGCGAUCCGGAAGACAUAACAGAAUGUUCGUUGCGAGUAAAUCCUAUUUACGCCAUUGUGUCGUCUUGUUUUUCAUUUUAUCUCCCAUUACCUGUAAUGUUUUAUGUGUAUAUCCGUAUAUUAAUCAUAGCGGAACAUCAAGCAAGAGAAAUAAAGCAGCUCGAAUUAUCUUUACAAGCAACUAACCAAAAUGUACGAAAAUGUUUGAGAAGAAAGUCGAAACAAUUAAUAACAGAUACUAAAGCUAUAAGAACACUAGGGAUUAUAAUGGGUGUUUUUUGCAUUUGUUGGCUUCCAUUCUUCUUAAUGUAUAUCAUAUUACCUUAUUGUGAAAGGUGUGACGUAUCUUACGAAGUCAGAAGUGCCAUAACAUGGUUGGGAUACUUCAAUUCUUUUUUCAACCCGUGCAUAUAUGCUUUUUUGAAUAAAGAUUUUAAAGAAGCAUUUCGUAGAGUCUUAUGCUGUAAAAAGGAUACAGAAAUGAAUGGUGCUGCUCUCGAAGAAGUUAGUUCUGCGAGUAGAAGUUGUUUAAGAGUCGACAAAUUACAACACGAUGUUGUCACCCCCGAAUUAAGAACUCCAAGUAUAACAUCGGAAAUGGCGGGACCUGUGUGGCCUUCUAUUGUUUCGGAUUUAAAGUAUGAUGUUUAA